CUCUCAAAUAAAUAAAUCUUUUUAAAAAAGAAAGACUCAGUGAUGACAGAUGACAUUGUCAGCCAAUCCCCAUGCAGGAGUGAGGACAUAUCCUGCAAAUCCCGUGGCAUUCUUUGAUGUCAGCACUGGCGGCCAGGAAGUUGGCCACAUGAAGAUGGAGCUCUUUGUGGAUGUUGUGCCUAAGACGGCCAAGAAUUUUAGACAGUUCUUCACUGGAGAAUUCAGAAAAGGUGGGGUUCUGAUACGAUACAAAGGGAGCACCUUCCACAGGGUCAUAAAGGAUUUCAUGAUUCAGGGUGGGGAUUUUGUUAAUGGAGAUGGUACUGGAGUUGCCAGAAUUUACCGGGGGCCAUUUGCAGAUGAAAAUUUUAAACUGAGACACUCAGCUCCAGGCCUGCUUUCCAUGGCAAACAGUGGUCCCAGUACAAAUGGCUGCCAGUUCUUCAUCACCUGCUCUAAAUGUGAUUGGCUGGAUGGAAAGCACAUAGUGUUUGGAAAAAUCAUUGAUGGACUUAUAGUGAUGCGAAAGAUUGAGAAUGUUCCCACAGGCUUCAACAAUAAGCCCAAGCUACCUGUGGUGAUCUCACAGUGUGGGGAGUAGUAGUCCAGAGCAAGACUGAUCAAACCUUCACCUCUCUGCCAUUGUAGGCCUUCCCUUGCUCUGGGUGGCGCUCUUGAGUAAGAUAAUCCGGAUUGGCCCUUUGUUUGCUUCCCUGCCUGCUGCGGCCCUUUUUGAUCAAGAGACCUUGGAAAUGUCACAGAUUCAGAACCCAAGAUUUUCUGUUUAAGUUUUCAACUGUAAAUAAAGUUUUGUUUUGGUAAAAAAGAAAAAGAAAAAAAAUAUUCUAUGUUCAUGGAUAGGAAAACAUAAUAUUUUCAGAUGUCCAUUCUUCUCAACUUGAUCUAUAGAUUCAGUAAGUUCUAGUCAAAAUCACAGCAAGUUAUUUGUGGAUAUCAAUGAACAGAUUUUAAAGUUUAUAUGGGGAGGCAAAAGAAUAGGCAACAGAAUAUUGAAGAAAAACUAAGUUGGAGCACUGACAGUACUUGACUUAAGACUCACUGUAAAGCUACAGUAAUCAAGACAGUGUGGUGUUGGUAAAAGAAUAGACAAAUAGCAAUGGCACAGAAUAGAAAGCCCAGAAAUAGACCCACAUAAAUAUAGUCAACUGAUCUUUGACAAAGGAGCAAAGGCAAUAAAGUAGAGCAGAGACAGUCUUUUCCACAAAUGGUACUGAAACAACUAGAUAUCCACAUGCCAAAAAAAAAAUUGCAACACAGAUAUCACACCUUCAAAUUAACUCAAAAUGGAUCAUAUUCCUAAAUGUAAAAUGCAAAACUGUAAAACCUCUAGAAGAUAACAGGAGAAAACCUAGAUGACCUUCAGUAUGUUGAUGACUUUUUAGGUAUAACAGCAAAGGCACAAUCCACACAAGAAAUAGUUGAUUAACUGUACUUCAUUAAAAAUAAAGACUUCUGCUCUGCAAAGGACAAUGUCAAGAAUAUGAGAAGCCAAACCACAGACUGGGAGAAAAUAUUUGCAAAAGACACAGCUGAUAAAGAACUGUUCUCUAAAACAUACAAAGAACUCUAAAAACUCAACAAUAAGAAAACAAACAACCCAAUUAAAAAAUGGCCCAAAGACCUUAGCAGACUUCCACAAAGAAGAUAUACAGAUGGCAAAUAAGCAUAUGAAAAGAUGCUCUACAUCAUAGGUCAUCAGGGAAAUGCAAAUUAAAACAACAGUGAGAUACCAUUACAUACCUAUUAGAAUGGACAAAAUCUGAAUCACUGACGACAAAUGCUGGUGAGGAUGUGGGCCAACAGGAACUCUUAUUCAUUGCUGGUGGGAAUUCAAAAUGGUACAGCCACUUUUAUUAGACAGUUUGGCAGUUUCUACAAAGCCAAACACACUCUUACCAUAUAGCGCUCUGUUGUAUUUACUCAAAGUAGUUGAAAUCUUAUGUGCACACAAAAACCUGCACACGAUGUUUAUAGCAGCUUUAAUCA